AUGGACUCAGUUGCUGGCUUUUUCUGGGACGAUAGCUCUACUAGACGGUCCAAAAAUGGUGCAAACGACAACUUAGACCAAGGUGUCAAGUCAUCGGGUGUCGACGAGCGUAAAGGAAGCACCGGUUCGCUAAACAAAGCCAGUGCGGUGGGGAGCACGACACAGCAGUAUCUGACAGACAAACUUGUGGAAAAACUGAUCUAUAUGGCGCUUCCUCCGUCGUCAGAGCUAGCCAAAAAAACUAUCGAGCAUAGAGUCGAAUCAGGGCGCAAUCGGCCGGGGCUCUCGGUUCCCAUCAUGAGCCGAAAUUUCAUUCAAAUGAACUCCAGGCUGGGCCCGCCAUUUUUGGUGAUUGAUGAGAUUAUCAAAGUCCUGAACUGGACCAAUACAGCGUACACAUUGUCGAUUAUGUCACUAUUCACCUAUACGGUUAUGAAACCGCUGCCGACGCUAACAAGCAUCCCAAUUUUCUACGUGGUGUUUGGAAUCAUGGUUCCACAGUAUCUAAAGAUACACAAGCCAGACACUAACGACGCGUUUGAGUCAAAUCCAGUGCCUGCAAGAGGCCCUCCCCUAAUCAAGCCCGAGGUUUCCAAACCUGUUCCAGAAUUCAGCAAAGAGUUUUUGCUGAACCUGACAGAUUUACAGAACCACAUGCUCCUGUAUGUGGCCGCGUUCGACUUCGUCAACUUGAUUCUAGCGCGCUUUGCAUUUUUCACUGAUGAAAGUGUUUCGAGUGCGGCAUUCCUUUGCUUACUCGUGAUAGCCUGGUUCAAUGCAUUGUUCAUGGACUCAAUAUCCAGGAUUCUGCCUGUGAAACCAAUACUAAUUUGCCUCGGGUGGGCGUCUGCUCUUGCUCUGCGUCCGCAAAAUAGAGAGUGGGUAUUGAACAAAAUUUAUUCUGAGGACACCAGACUGCGAAUGCUCAUGCUAUCAAGCAAGAUCGAGUCAAGAGUUCACCAGUACUUUGAAUAUCAUGAGUCUGCCGAAACCCGCCAAGCGUCGAUAUUCGAAGUACAGAAAUUCCAAGAACAUGACAAAAGCUGGGUACUGGUUGGCUAUACAACGGAUCAUUAUGCCUUAUUUUCAGACUACCGAAUAUCAGAGAAGGAAGUUGAAGAUGCCGUUCAUCACUUGAGCGACGUAAAGGCCCCUCUGGAGUGGGAAUGGCUUGGAGAUUCGAAGUGGGAGCAAGAUAUGGACCCGGUGUCAUGGGUUGAGCUCGAGUUCGUGGAAUAUGUCGAUGUUGAUGUUGAGACCAAAUGGGUAUAUGACAUGAAUUUGGAUGGCUCCAGAGGCGAAUACAGGCGCAGAAGAUGGCUUAGAGAGUGUACGCGGAUUGCUGAGGUUGGAAUAGACACCGAAGAUGGCUCAGCUGACACUUCAAUUGCACAAGUAGAGGCUCUGGGUAACGCCGCGAGAUCAGUUACCGCCCGCACAUCCUCCUACGACCAGUCUCACAUGCCACACCCGUUACGCACUGCUACUUCGAAUGGGUCUCUUUCCAGUGCGGUUCAUAGUCAAGAGCCAGCAAACCCUAACAGUCCUAGCAGCGGGUCCCGAGCCUCUAGAAGUCUUUCAGACUUUCUGAAUAUGGCAUAG